AUGGAGAACGGGGAGGUGGAGGGCAGUGCGUUUCCACUAGAAAAUGGCGAAUUAAAGAUUUCAAAGCGUGUGCGUUUUAAACCCCCAGCUGAGUUCGCCGGGGUAAUACCAGCCUCCUAUACUGCCCACUGGACACGCCGCCUCGGCAAGUUCAUUAAGGGUGCCGGCGUUCAGCUGGGUCGCCGGGUCACACCUGGACAGUUAGCAGCUGAAGCGGCCCAGCGCCAGGAGAAGGUUGUGAGCCGGGCUAUCCAAGCCAGCCCUACAGACGUGCAUGGUAAGCCCCUGCCAGCGGAGAAGGACUCGCGCCGACAUCGUGCUAUACAAGUCGAUCUCUUACUGGCCAAUAAAACUGACCUCUCGGUGCAGACUGAACCCUGUGCCGCUGGAGCGACGGCACUCAGGGGAAAGCAGGACGCUGGCACGCAGUACCUGAGCGCAGACAUCAACAUGCCGUUGAGCUUCUUUCGCAGUUCUCGACAGAUUGUUGUUCAGCAAUGA